AUUGGUUAGUUUGUAUCACGUGACUAGUCGGUGACCCUCCAAUCACCUCGGUUACUUGACAGCUGAGUCCAUAUACAAAGUAUAGAAGUUUUCUUGCGCUUCACUAAAUAUUUCUUUCAUUUCCCUCUCAUUGUCUCUGUAUUGUAUUUUUUGUUUUUGACAGACACUGACGUUGUGCGCAUUAGAACGUUUUGGUUGCGUCGCGUACACCGAACGAGAAGACCAGAUUUCUCUCGCAUUGGUCGAACGGUGAUUGAUAACAUGAACACCUUGCUCGCCAAAGUGGAGCAUAAAUGGAUAACGUUGAAACAAUCUUGGGCAACGACUACGACAGUUUGCAAGGCCCAGGUUUCCACACUUCCCCCUGAACCUGUCAUCCCCUCAAAGAAACCUUUCAAAGUGGAUCUGCUUGGUGGGAAACGCUACUCUUGGUGCAGCUGUGGACACAGCAAGAAUCAGCCUUUCUGCGACGGAGCGCACAAGUCCAAAGCCCUGGGCCUAUUUCCACUGCGCUUCAUUCCAGAGAAAGAUGGCACAGUUUGGUUGUGUGGCUGCAAACACACCAACACGCUGCCGUACUGCGACGGCACACACAAGCAGGACUUCAUCACGUCUGCUCCUCUGCAUCGAGACACUGAUUAGUUCAACAACACGCCUUUAAAUCAGAGCGUUGGACUUCACGGAGAAGAAAAGGUUACUGGUGGUUUGGAAGCAUGACGUGUGAAUGUUAAUUGGGUUGUCUUAAUCCCAUAUUGAUACUGGAUAUCGGUCUAAUAAAAGCAAAAACAAUC